GACCCCCAUUGCGCAUGCGUGAGGCUGGACACCAUAAUUACUGCAUAUUCCUGAUAACUCCUGUCCUCCAACAGUUAGUAGCCACCUUAUCCGUCUAUAUAUAUAUUAUGCUAGCACAGUAAAAUGAGGAAUGCUUAGCCAAAUUGAAUCUUUUACGCUCUAGUUGACAAUCUAGCUCUUAAACCCGCCGUCUAGUUAACUCCGGACGCGUCAAACGAACGCGGAAGUGAGUGUGAGUGCUUCUCUCGCUUCGGCUUCGUCUUCUUCUCUGAUGAUGAACCCCUAGCAUCAGUGUCGUGAACAUUAGAGGUCCCUUUUGUGGCGUGAUAUUAGACGGUAUGAUGCCGUUCACGCAGAGAUCAAGGGUGACAAAUGUGAAGAGUGACAAGUGAAGGACCUUCUGAUCCACCAUGGGAAACACACCAUCAAAGAGUGGCAGCGGAGAGGAACCGGCCAAAACAACUUUGUUUGAAAAGGAGCCAAGUGGGAUAACAUACAGGAUCCCUGCUCUCAUUUAUCUGAGGCACAGUCACACCUUCCUCGCCUUUGCAGAGAAAAGAUCCUCGCCCUGUGACCAUGAUGCCAAAAUCCUUGUUAUGAGAAGAGGAACGUUGAAAGAUGAUGGAUCUGUCCAGUGGUCGUCCAGUCAGGAGCUGUCGACAGCAUGUCUACCAAACCACCGCACUAUGAAUCCUUGCCCUGUGUAUGAAAAAAACAGCAAAACCCUGUUUUUAAUUUUCAUCUGCAUCUGGGGAAACACCACAGAGUUCAGGCAGGUCAUCACAGGUAAGAACAAGACACGCCUUUGCUGUGUGAGCAGCAGCAACGACGGGCACACCUGGAGCCAAGCGAGAGACUUAACGGAAAGUGUGAUCGGUGAAACUAUCCAUAAGUGGGCCACGUUCGCCGUGGGUCCGGGCCACGGCGUUCAGCUGGAGAACGGCAGAUUGAUCAUCCCGGCGUACGCCUAUUACGUCCCUUACAGAUGCUGUUCCUUCCCCAUUCCUUUGACGGUCUACCCACGUGCGCUGUCGGUAUACAGCGAGGACUUUGGCCAGACGUGGCACAUAGGGAAGAUGCUUCAGAAAAAGUCAUGUGAGUGUGAAAUGGCAGAGAUCAUAGACCACGAGGGCAGGAGUCACCUUUACUGCAACGCUCGUAACACUGGAGGCCACAGGUGUGAGGCCCUGAGUGAAAACAGCGGUGUGUAUUUUGACAAACCCCACAUUGCUCCAGAGCUGGUGGAACCACCUAGAGGCUGUCAAGGCAGCGUCAUUGGCUUCCCCGCUCCUGAAUUUGUCCCCAACGACGACGCCGAAAGCAAAGCUUGUGGCACGUCGCUCUUGUCUCCGGACACACAGACCUGGCUCCUCUUCAUCCACCCAACCAACAAGUCUAGCAGAAGAGACAUGGGCGUGUAUUUGAACCGAUCCCCCCUGCACUCAUCAGGGUGGGACCGGCCCAGGAUCAUCCACAGCGGGCCCAGCGGCUACUCCGACCUGGCUUACAACGGAGACAAGGAUCAGUUCUCCUGCCUGAUGGAGUGCGGCAAAGAAAGUGAACUUGAGCAGAUUGCGUUCAUGUCCUUUACCCUUAAUGAUGUCAUGCAGACAGGCAGCAAGAAAGACAAGAAGAUGCGCUGAACUGCGGUUGCUUUACUUCUGUAUUAACAAAGCUCUCUAACAUCCUCCCCGCAACCCUAAAAAUCCAAGCAAAAGCCACUAAAUAUGCUGUGCAGUAACAUCUGUCUGUGUUUACUGUUGUUCUACAGUCUGGAGAUGAUAAUGCAUGCAUGAGUCGUGUGUUUUGUUGUCUCCUUGUUUACAUGAAAAAAAGUAUCUUACUAGUAUUAAUAUGCAAGCAGCUGUGUAAGGAAGGAAACUAUUUUUAAUAGUGGCUGAUUGCAAGCAUGCUGUGCUGGACUGUCAUCUUUACAAACAGGCUUUGUGUGUAGCAUGUUUGACAAGUACUCCAUGCCCAUUUCUGCAUCUUAUCAAACUGUCAGUGUAUUCUGAGCAGUGGAGAGAAUUUGCCUACCUCUUUUUAUUUUCAUAUGAAGAUCAUAGCAGGCCUUGUGAAGUAGAGCCAUGCUCAGUCGCUCCUUUACAUUUAGUAUAGUCUUGAUUCACAUAUGCCUUCUACUCCACUGUUUAAACUCAAGCCUGCCAGUGCACAACCCUUUCUGUAGGUCCGAGUGGGCGCCACAGAGUUGGCAACAAAACUGGACAGAAAAGACAAACAUUUACUUUCCGCAUCCAGCUAAUCAAUGAAGAGACCAACCGAAGUGUACCACAUGUAUGAGUUAGAGGAGGACAGUUGAUGGAUUAAUAGAACGUUUGGGCUACUUUGUACUGUUCACAGAUAUUUAUUACAUUCAUUUUCAAAAGCAAUAUUUCACUGAAUUUAUCAUUUAUUUUCCGGCACAUUUAGCAUGAUUUUCUGAACAGGCUUCUCAUUAAUUUCUUGCCGCAUCAUGACCAGGUGUGAUUGGCUGGCUGUCGGUUAUCAAGUGAAAGCAUGUAACAGCAUGUAACGGCAGAAGAAGACAAUAUUUAUAAAGCCACUAGGACUUUGCACAUACACACAACCUUGUACUGAGCGACUUUAACGUCCAUCUAAUGUUGUGAGGCAAAAAGCCUCCCGGUGGUUCUACACUAGUUUCAUUGUGUUUUUGUUGACUGUUGUGGAAAAGUGACAAAACCUGCAUGAAACAUGUAUUUUAGUAGAAAAUAAAAGUAACCUGUUAUCACUCAA